AUGUACGACGAACUACUUAAAGAGGGACACCCCCCGGACAACCGAUGCUUUCACGCAGUGUUGCGCAAUCUGCUGUACCAUGGUAAGACGGAGACGGCGCAGGCCAUGUUUGAGGAAGGGUUUAAGUAUACAGAAACGCCCACACCAGCCAUCUACGCACGCACAGAGGCAGGCAGAGACACAGACAUGGAUACACACACGGAUAGUAGUACUGGCACUACUGGGAGUGAGUCACAUGGGGAUGUAUGUGCAGAGGAGAAAGCUAGUAGCACGGACAAAGGUACGGGUAGUGAUAGUAGUAGCCAUGGGUCUGAAGCAGGUGUGGGUGAUCAUAUGCCGGGAAGAAUCAGUACAGAGCUUGUAGAUGAAACAGGGGAAAUGACAAGUCCUGAGAAAGAACUGGAAGGAUCCACCCGCAUGCACACACUCGGAGGAGUGAAUAACACACACACACAAACUGAGAACAACACCACUCACACUCACACGGACAAGGAAGUGUCAGAGCCUGACAGGGACGAUGGGGUGACUGCUCACACUAUAGAAAAGAAUACUACAGAACAAGGG